GUACAAAUCUGACCGUGUGCCGGAUGUUUAAGAAAAUUUUAGGUGCCUAAAAUUGUUCACGAGUCCUUUAUUUUGAAGGUGUUGACCGGAAAUUAUGUUCUCUAUUUCGGUUAGCUUGGUGUAGGAGGAGGAGUGGAUGGAAGCAGCCAAACAUGUUUUCAGUGGAGAUAGAGUCAGUUUUCAACAUGUUGCUAUGUUAAAUAUGUUAAGCGACUUCUUCUUUUUUCCCCUUAUUCUUCGUAGCAACGGGGAUACAGUUGUGUUUCCAUAAUGGCGGUCACGUUAGUACAGGCGUUUUCAUUAUGGCUAAACUGAAAACUUGAGCUGGAAACUUUGAAGAAGCUGCAGUCUUGUUUUACGACACUCCUCUCUGCUGCUAUCAUAAUUUAUACACACAUAUUACAGCAAAACAACAACCAUGGCAUACUCUACAUCUGCCAUAAUGUGGGCAUUUGCUUUUAGCUUCUACAUCGGUGUGUCGAAGUGUCUCUUUACCAUACCGCUGAAAAUAUACACGGGGAAGUUGAAUGUGUCGUCGGCGUUGGAUGCGACUCCUGCUCGGUUGACGUCGUCGAGCUCCGAAGUAAACGGCCUGUCUCUUGCUUCUGAUCCGACUGGCACUGUCAACUUUCUGGACAUGGAGAACAACCUGCUUGGAGAUUCUGGAAGAGGUUACUACAUUGAAAUGUCCAUUGGAACUCCUGGUCAAACGCUAAACAUCCUGGUGGACACGGGCAGCAGCAACUUUGCUGUGGCUGCAGCUCCACACCCCUUCAUUACUCACUACUUUAACACUGCACUCUCAAGCACAUACCAGUCAGUUGGUCGGACUGUGGCUGUCAGGUACACCCAGGGCAACUGGGAAGGUGAACUGGGCCUCGACCGUGUCUCCAUCCCCAAAGGCCCAAAUGGGUCCAUGAUCAUCAACAUAGCUGCCAUCCUGUCGUCUGAGGGCUUCUUCCUUCCUCAGGUCAACUGGCAAGGCAUCUUGGGACUCGCCUAUCCCAUGCUGGCACGGCCCGACUCAACUGUGGAGCCCUUCUUCAACUCUGUGGUGCAACAGCUGGGAAUUCCAGACAUCUUCUCCCUCCAGAUGUGCGGCGCUGGACUGUCAGCCAGCAGCACAGAAGACCCUGCAGGCGGCAGUUUUGUGAGUAGUACACAGAGAGGAGUUUGAUCAGAUGAAUACGUCAACUGUAUUGAUCGUACUGUUCCCUCAAAGGCAAGGAAGAUGUAUUUUGAACUAAACAGAAUCACUUUUUUUUAUUACCUCUGCCAAUGAGUUGAUGACGAUUGGUCGUAAUAGAAGUUCAGGAUUUUUUUAAAAAACACAUUUUUCAAGGUCUGAUCACAGAAACCACAUUCAGAGGUGGCAUUUGUCCACAUUCCUGAACUGCAUGAAUGCAGUUUAUCCUCAGGACAGAUUAGAGGGAUUAGAGAUCACCUCCUCAGAUACUGGUGGUCAUGUGGCCAGUGGUAGUUUAGUAUUAAAACUAAGAGGCGAUCACACAUGAAUGUAUUUGCCACCACCUCCACAAUAUUAACUCUGAUUGCCAUAUGAUUUCUUUUUUGUUAAUGGUUGAAUUUAUUUGAGCAUGAGUAGAGCAUUGAUUAACUUUAGCUCCUCUCGCUCUCUCUCUCUCUCUUACAAACAACAUUUUAUUUGUGCAAACAGUCAUGAGGUCAGCUUGUAUUUGUAUUAAGGGUAGGGCAGCCAGCUCCUAACAUGCUUCACAGGAGACACAUCUAGGAAGCGUUUUCAAGCCAGAUGAGAACAGUGCUAUCCACAUGUUAAUACCAGGUGUGAAUGGAGUCUCUGAAUGCUUUCUCCUGAGUGAGGGGUUUUUGAGUGGCAUGUGGAUGAGACGCUCUUACUCUCAGACUAAAUAAACAAUUAGAUCAGUCAG